GGCUUUGAUUUUAUUUUUUAAUGCGUGACAAUGAACACAGCGGCAAAACACUUUUGAGCUUGGGCGAGCUUGCAUAACUUGUGGUGACAUCCGGUUGGUGGCGCGAAAACGUCGCGCAACACGCAGCACCCUCGCAGCAGUCUCGCAGCAGCAAAGAUGGCGCAACGAAUAAUUGGACCUCUUUCUGUUGGUUACGACGAGGAGUUUGUAAAUCCACUUGACGACGAUUUUACGUGUUUAAUUUGCCAAGUAGCAUUACGAGAGCCAGUUCUCACGAGAUGUGGCCAUAGAUUCUGCAGACUGUGCCUCGAACAAUGUUUUUCCAGGCAGAAUGGUCAGCGUUGCCCUUACCCUUGUCCCGUAGACAGAGCAGAACUUGUGUAUGAAAAGGAUGUGUUUCCUGACAAAGCAACAGAAAGGAAGAUCCUUUCUUUGGCCAUCAAAUGUCCAACUGAGGGCUGUGUCUGGACAGGGGAACUAAGACAAAAACAGAACCACUUGUUAUCUUGUCGUUACAAAGCUGUCUCUUGUACCAAUCAAAACUGUAAGGUGACUGUGUUAAGGAAAGAUCUGGAUGAACAUGUGGGUUUCCUGUGUCCGUGGCGGUUUACGAUGUGUACAUACUGCAAUACACCACUUCCGAAGUGUCAGGAAGAGGAACAUUACAGAGAAUGUAAGAAGUUCCAAGUGGAAUGUCCGCAUGGUUGUGGUGCCAAGAUGCAACGAGAAAAGUUGUCACAUCAUACUGGAGGGGAAUGUCCACAUGCACAAGUCUGGUGCCCAUAUCAUCCAAUGGGGUGUGAAGUGAUGGUACAGAGAGAACAACUUGAAUCACAUUUAGACUCUUCUGCGAGACGCCAUCUUGACUUGGCUUGUGCGAAACUAAACACCAAUCAAGAACAGUAUAAAGAAACAACCAGAAAACUCGAGAAUAAAAUCGAGGCACUUGAGAAGCAGUUCAAGGAGAAAUUCCAGUUAUUCGAAUUGCAAAUACAGUUAACAACAAAUCUAGGUAUAAAGCGAGAUAACGAGAUUUUAAAGCUAAAGGAAGAAUCACAACCUUUUGUAUGGAAAAUCGAGCAUUUCAGAGAAAUUUCAAAGGACGCUAAGAGGGGAAGAAACACCGUUAUAUCUAGUUGUAAUUUUUACACAGGACCAAAUGGCUACAGAUUAGUCUUGGAUAUGUACCCAAAUGGUAAUGGUGUGGGUAAGAACACACACAUUUCUGUUUAUGUUAAAAUACUAAAGGGUAAAUACGAUGCUGUAUUGCCCUGGCCCUUUCGAAAAGCUGUGACUUUUACUCUAAUUGAUCAAGAAGAAAAUCGAAUGCUCAAUCAUGUCAUGACACUUUCCUACAACCAGGGUUAUUCUGACGCGUAUGCUCGGCCCGUAACAGAUUCUAACAUUGCAAAUGGGUUUCCCACCUUCAUAUCGCACCAAGAGCUUCGAAGGAGACGCUACAUUGAUGACGACACACUGUUUCUGCAAGUGCAGACUGGUCCUCCAUGGCAUUGUUGAAUUCUCACAUCAUGUAAUGUUACUUUUCUUUUCUGGCUAGUUUUCUUAGCAAAACGUAGAUAUUGUGCAUUCCUGUUUAUUGCGGACACUGAGUGUUGUAAGAUUUUGUCCAGAAAAGAUUUUUUUAUGGGAAAAUAAAAAGGUUUUGUUUGAGAAAAUAAAAUAAAAAAAAGAUUUUGUAUGAGAAAAGAACAAUAUUUUGUACGAGAAAAACAGGUUGUUUUUGCUCUUCUUAAAAAUAAACUUUUUUAAGUUAACCCGGGCAGUUUUUAUAAGCACUUUUGUUGGUGUUCAUUAAUUAUUUCAACCUGGUUUAGACUAGCGAAAUUUGGUAACAAACAGGCUUAUUAAGCGUAAAGAAAAUAUCAGCUUUUUGCUCAUGUCGUCACUAGGGUCCUGUGUUGUCCAUAUUGGUGAAUACGGGAUCGGCAAGAGGUACACGUUUCCCAUGUUCAGGGUUUCCACAGGUCAGGAAUUGGUUAGGGAAAAAAGAAAUUCUUCAAGGUCAGGGAAUAGUCGGGAAAUUUUAUUUUGAGUCGGGGAAUAUUGACAUUUUGAAGAAAAGUCAAGAACAACUGAAAUAAUUUAGCACGGCUACCGUCGAAGUCUGGAAGAAACAUUUGGGGUCACCGUGAUCUCAACGAUAUUGUUGAAAACGUAUCAGUCCGUUAAUGAACGAGUGGGGAGGACGGCUGUAAGUUGAGGCCAGAAGCCGCUACUAGAUGUGACAUUUUAAAUUUAUUUGGUCAGGGAAAUAUUAAUUUUAUCAGGGAAAAGUCGGAGAGUUUUGAAAAGUGACGUUUGUGGCAACAACGCCGGUUGUUUGCGUAAUACGUGAUACUUAUCAAGGACUGACAGAUCAGGGUACGAAGACGAGAUCGAGUUAACGAGUAGGAAUCUUGGAUUUUUUACAUUCAAGUGACGUUCGCAGAGUUCUCACUCCGCCCUCACUCUGAGCAGUUGAUUUGAAGAUCAUUGCGGGAUACAAGUUUGGAUGAAAACCUUGCAAUCGAAAGCAUAGCUAGAAAGUUUGAAAGUCACUCACACCUCGAUCUGAAGGUCCCUAGUUUGUCAGUGUGAACCAGGCUUUGAAGUUGACCAAUGCAAUUAUAGACUGUUCACAGCCUCUAUUCACGGGCGCGAAAGAAAAAGCGAGCGAAGUGAGCGUGAAGCACGCGUUUUGGGCUGGCGUCUAGUUCUCUCGCGAUUCUAUCUGUGCGUUCAACGAUGGAAUAAAAAUACAGUCGAGCCUCCCCAUACGUUUCCUGUGUACCGACAAUAUUCUCAUAUUACGGACACUUCGGGGACACUUCGGGGACACUUCGGGGACACUUCGGGGACCAGGUUACAGGAGCUAUUGUUGUUGUUUAAGAGUGACGUUAGGUCUUUUUUCCUCAUGUUCUUUUUAAAAGACUCAAUAUUCGAGGAGCCUGUCAAUCUAUUAUCUAGUUUCGACCAUAUAUGAGGUCCUUGAUAUCUAAUCUUUAAUACGCAACCGUCCAAGACUGAUGGAUUGAUUAACGUUGUUUUUGGAAGAAAAGAAAAGGGAAAAAAGUCAAAUGAAAGCCGGCAACUGCAAAUGUAGAGUAGUUAAAGUCAGUUCAAUAACUAAUUAAACAAGUGGAGUUUCCAGAUAGUCGUCCUGUCAUCUGAAAAACGUUUUAAAUUUUGUACUUGAGGUUCAAGCGGUUGCGUACAAUUUAGAGACUGAAGAGGAGAGACAUGUCAAAAAUUCCGAUGUUUCAGUCGUUAACUUCGUUUUUCUUUUCAAAAUCGCACGAGAAAACCUUAGCACUACGGCAGACCUCGGAGGAACCUAUCCCGAGUUCUGUAACUGCAUGUGGUUAUUGCUACACUGGCUUCUUAUCGCUCCGUAGUUCCAAGAGCGAAUUUCCCCCUUCCCCUCUCUUUGGGCAUUUGUCUGGCAUCAGGCAGGGAACAUUUCCGGGAAGGAAAUCAGCGUUUAAUUAGUGUAAUAUUCUCCCCGCUGGGUAUUGUUAUUAAUGACAUGGUAAUAAGUUAUGGGGGAAUCGCUAUGACCUGGGACAAGCCCAGUUGCAAGAAGAGGUGAAAAUUGAAGCGGACAGCUAGAUCAAGCCCGACUUACUCGUUGGUGCGAGGGUGGGUCCCCAAACUCCUCUCUUUCGCGGCCUAAAUUAGAGUGAUGGGGUGGAAUACGUAUAAAUUCUUUUAUACUUUGCCCAAUCCCCGGG